CACGGCCCCCUUGAUGCUGCUGCUGCACGGCUUCCCCCAAAACUGGUUCUGCUGGCGUCACCAACUGCUGGAGUUCAGCACCCGGUACCGGGUGGUGGCCCUGGACAUGCGAGGCUACGGAGCGUCCGAGAAGCCACCGGGCAAGGAGAGCUACCGGCCCGAGGUCCUCCUUGAGGAUAUCCGCGAGGUCAUCGAGGUGCUGGGGACACCCGAGGGCCACACGGGUGCCACCGCCAGGCACCCCAAGUGCAUCCUGGUGGGGCACGACUGGGGCGGCGUCUUGGCCUGGGAGCUGGCCGCCGGCCACCCCGAGCUGGUGGAGAAGUUGGUGGUCAUCAACGCGAGUCACCGCGCCGUCAUGGCCAGGUUCAGCGCCUGGCACCCAUCGCAGCUCUUCCGCUCCAGCUACAUGUUCCUCUUCCAGCUGCCCCUGCUGCCGGAGCUGCUCCUCUCCAUGGCCGACUUCGAGCUCCUGAAGACUUCCCUGAACCCGGGGCGGCGGCUGACAGAGCCUGAGCUCGAGGCCUACCUCUACAGCCUCUCGCAGCCCGGGGGGCUCACACCCCCCAUCAACUACUACCGCAACAUCUUUGGGUAGGUGGCACCUCCCCGGGGGA